UGAUCGCUCUGCUAUUCAAAUAAACCACACAUACCAUGAGUUUGAAACCUUAGGUAUCACCAUUUUCGAUCAUCAAUGACGGGUCUUUAUUCAUCUAUCAAAUACAGCCCAUCUUCAUCAUCAUUAUCGCAAUCUUCUCAGGCUUUCACUUCCAGAAUCUUACUCUUACUCACACUCCUCCCGCUCUCUCUAGCAGCAUUCGCAUUCGUCCUCCAAUGGCGUGGCGAAAUCAGUGACCCGACAAUCCGAUGGUCUUCUAUAAAUCGCCUUGAUUUUCCGGGUAUGGAUACUACCACCUCCUCCUCAGUCACCUCCCGCACUUCCUCCAGUUGCGCGGAUAUCUUGGGGCAAAGCCGUUCUAUUUCUUUUCCUUACUUUAGGGAUUGGAAAUUCAAUUACGAAUCCGAUCUAAAACCUAAGAUAUGCAUUACUUCAAGCACUUCUGCUGGCUUAGAGCAAAUAUUACCAUGGAUUUUCUAUCAUAAAGUUAUUGGUGUUACAAACUUCUUCUUGUUUGUGGAAGGAAAAGCUGCAAGUCCAGGUGUAUCUAAAGUUCUAGAGUCCAUUCCUAAUGUGAAGCUGAUUCAUAGGACAAAAGAACUCGAGGAAGAGCAAGCCAAAAGCCGAAUUUGGAAUGAGACUUGGUUGUCAAGCUUCUUCUACAAACCAUGCAACUAUGAAUUAUUUGUCAAGCAAUCUCUCAAUAUGGAAAUGGCUAUUGCCAUGGCAGAGGAAACUGAUAUGGACUGGAUUCUUCAUCUAGACACAGAUGAGUUAAUUCAUCCAGCUGGCACUCGUGAAUACUCUCUCAGACAACUUUUAUCUGGAGUCCCUGAAAAUGUUGAUACAGUUGUCUUUCCAAACUAUGAGAGCAGUGUUGAAAGAGAUGACAUAAAAGAACCUUUUAGUGAGGUGUCAAUGUUCAAAAAGAAUUUUGAUCACCUUAUGAAGGAAACAUACUUUGGAAAUUAUAAAGAAUCAACUCGUGGUAAUCCAAAUUACUUUUUAACAUAUGGAAAUGGAAAAUCAGCUGCUCGUGUUCAACCACAUUUACGCCCUAAUGGUGCACAUAGAUGGCAUAACUAUAUGAAGACUCCAGUUGAGGUGAAAUUUGAUGAGGCUGCUGUUUUACAUUACACAUAUACAAAGUUUUCUGAUUUGACAUCAAGGCGUGAUCGAUGUGGCUGCAAGCCUACAAAAGAAGAGGUUAAAAGAUGCUUCAUGUUGGAAUUCGAUAGAGCUGCUUUUAUAAUCGCUUCAACUGCAACAGAGGAGGAGAUGCUAAAUUGGUACCGUGAACACGUUGUAUGGACUGACAAAGAGCUACAAAAGAAACUCAUGAAAAAGGGAAUUCUAAUCCGCAUUUACGCUCCAAUGGUGAUUAUGCAAGGAUUAAGGGAAGCGGGUGUUUACGCUUCUUUAAUUGCAUCUGUUCAAACCAAUUUAUCAAAGGAUACGUUUUUGUCAAACAACGAAAUUAUUAAUAAUUCUUCGAAAGGCUUUGAAGGUGUUUCUUCUAGAAACAUUGGCAAUGAAGAACCUCGGAUGGCUGCUAGGAAUGUUUUACAAAUAGACGAUGCAAAUUUAUGGGCAGUGCCGCCACUCUCGCCUCCGAUGGUGGAUGAUAUCGACCAUUAUAUAUGAUUUUUGUGAAGGAGAAAGGUGAUUUUUUUAGUGUGGUGGGC